AUGCUUGCUAGGGUUGUAAAUUCAUUGCCACACGGGCUCUCACAAAGAUUAACUAGAUUAUAUUUUAGGGCAUUAGUCUGGAAUCAACGCACAAGUCAUAGCAGUCAAGAACACCAUCAACUAAAAACAAUGGACGUGAAAAUUCUUCCUGCACUUAAAGAUAACUACAUGUAUCUUAUUGUUGAUAAGGCAACAAAGGAAGCUGCCAUAGUAGAUCCAGUUGAACCAAACACGGUAUUGCAGGCUGUUCAAGACCAGGGAGUGAAACUUACAAAAGUUUUGACAACACAUCACCACUGGGACCACGCUGGAGGAAAUGAGGAUUUGCUCAAAAUGCAACCUGGCUUACAGGUUUAUGGUGGAGAUGACCGCAUUGGGGCUUUGUCCCACAAAGUGGAACACAACUCUAAGUUUAAUAUUGGGAACUUAAAUGUGCAAUGUUUAUUUACACCAUGCCAUACAUCUGGCCACAUUUGUUAUUUUGUGAGUACACCCGAAGAAGGUAGUGAUACAGCUGUUUUUACAGGUGAUACACUAUUUUUGGGUGGUUGUGGUAGAUUCUUUGAGGGAACUGCAGAACAAAUGCACAAAGCCCUUAUAGAUAUUCUUGGAAAUCUGCCUGAGCAAACUAAAGUAUUUUGCGGCCAUGAAUAUUCCGUACAGAAUUUGAAAUUUGCUGCUCAUGUGGAACCACAAAAUGAACAUGUUAAAGACAAAAUAUCAUGGUCAGAACAGAGAAGACAAGAAGGAAAACCAACAGUGCCAUCUACAAUCCUCGAAGAAAAGCAAUACAACCCAUUUAUGCGAGUUACCCAAAAAUCAGUAAUGCAACAUGCAAAGUCAUCUGAUUCUAUUGAAACAAUGAGAGCCAUUCGCCUUGAAAAGGAUAAUUUUAGGGGUUAA